CCAGCAGAGGAGGAGGAGGAGGAGGAGGAGGAGGAGGACACACCGGUCACCAGUCCAGUCUGCAGCCGACACACGGGCCACCUGCCCCGGACUAUUUACCGGACACACACCGCUGGAAACAAACUCAUCCUGGAGGCUCCGAAGAAUUCAUUUUCACACUGAAUAAUUUAUAAUAUUGAACAUUAUUACAGACUUUUAUUGACAACAGUCAGAUUGGAAGUUCCUUUUUCUGAAGGCUUUUUUGCUCAUUUUUCUGGAUCAUUAAUUUCAUCAUCCUGCAGGAGGAGAAACUGUUGAAGGAGAAACUGCAGGAGGAGAAACUGUAAGAGGAGAAACUGCAGGAGGAGAAACUGUUGGAGAAACUGUUGAAGGAGAAACUGCAGGAGGAGAAACUGUUGGAGGAGAAACUGCAGGAGGAGAAACUGUUGGAGGAGAAACUGUAGGAGGAGAAACUGUAGGAGGAGAAACUGUAGGAGGAGAAACUGUUGGAGGAGAAACUGUAGGAGGAGAAACUGUAGGAGGAGAAACUGUUGGAGGAGAAACUGGAUCAGCUGGAAUAAACAGAUUGUCUCUAAAUCAGCUCUGAUAUUCCUGUAAGAGCACACUAACUAUAUCAGAGUGAUAUAUAUGUAUAUAAUUAUAUCAUUCUCUAUAAAUAUAUCAACGGAUUUGAAACACUUUGGUUCUGAGGGGAAAACUUGAAUCGGCCUCCGGACCUCCGCGUCCCUCCCGGGGAGAGUGGCGCAGCCCUCCCCGCCGUCCGCGCACCAUGAAGCGGCCGUGUGAGGACAGCAGCUCGGCAGAGAGUGAUGUGGAGGAGCCCAUCGAUGUGGGCAGGGAGAGCGUUUAUCCAGGGCACAAGAAGACGUCGUACAUCCGAUGUGGAUCUCCGACUACGACCACUCAAGUGAUGGCGAGGAAGAAGCGCAGAGGGAUUAUCGAGAAGCGACGCAGAGACCGAAUCAACAACAGUCUGUCGGAGUUACGGCGUCUCGUCCCCACGGCCUUCGAGAAGCAGGGUUCGGCCAAACUGGAGAAAGCAGAGAUUCUGCAGAUGACUGUGGAUCAUCUGAAGGUUCUGCAGGCUACAGGAGGGAAAGGUUAUUUGGACGCCCACGCUCUGGCGCUGGACUUCCUGUCUCUGGGUUUCAGGGAGUGCGUGACGGAGGUUUCCCGCUACCUGAGCGCCGUGGAGGGCCUGGACUCCAGCGACCCCCUGCGCUCCCGCCUCCUCUCCCAUCUCACCUCCUGCGCCUCUCAACGUGACGCCACCGCCCUCGCCAUGACCUCCCAUUUGCCACAUCCCCACCGCCAGCAGCCUCACCCUUUGCCUCACCCCUUCCACCCCCACCAUUGGGCCGCUGCAGCCGCCGCCGUCGCCACCGCGGCAGCCUUCCGACCUCUGCCGGCCGGCGCCGCGUCGUACGGACUGAGCGGGCUUCCUGUUCCUCAGGACUCCGGAGGAGGUGGAGCCCCCCAGAGGCUAGCGGAGUUGUCUCAGCGGAGCGUGGCUGCCUCCUUUUCCUCCUACGCAGACUCCACCACCUCCCCUUCCUCCUCCUCCUCCUCUUCCUCGUCUCUCGUGCUCCCCUGCGCCCCCACUCCUCUCUCCGCCUCCCUCCUCUCCCUCUCGGCGUCGUUCCCCAUCACCUUCCACGGAGGUUUCCCCAUCCUCCCUCCCUCCUCCUUCACCUCCACCGCCGCCACCACCAGUCCUCCCAUCUCCUCCUCCUCCUCCUCCUCCUCCUCCUCCUCUUCCUCCCAGACUCCUCACAGCAGCAGCAGUAAACCGUACAGACCGUGGGGGACGGAGGUCGGAGCUUUCUGACAGCCGACUGACCUCUGACCUGUGCACCAACCGAUUUAAAGGGCCAGUGUGUGGAUUUAGUGACACCUAGUGGUGAACCAACUGAAUACAGCUCAGCCUUCCAAGUGUGUAGGACGGGUCGGCAACCUCUUCCUCCCCUCUCCAGUGGCUCCUCGUGGCUCUAACAAAGAUUCAUAUGUUACGUCCUGACCCAGUGCCUUUCUCUUUAUAUCUUCUGCUGAACCUCAACAGCUACUGAGUCUAAAGAGUCUGAGUGGGCAGAUUUAUUUGCUUUUACCACCGACACUGCUGCCUUACAUGGAUGAUCGAUCUGCAGCGACUGAUUAGCAAUAUGAGCCCAUCCAGCAAAGGAUAAACACCCUGUCUUUAGCUGCAAUGUGCCAGUAGUAUUUGUACAUUGUCACUGAGCUUCUGCUUGACUUCAGGAUCAAUAUCAAAUGAACCUUAGCCACAGAGAAUCAAUACUGACCCACAGGCUGGUGACACAACCACAUAAUUACACUGUUUAAGUAAAGUAUUCCUUAUUCUUUACUCCAUCCACUACAGAUUGGACAUCUAUAUUAUGCCUCCGCCAUCCUCGGUCACAGAACACUACUGAAUGAUGGUAUUCUCCAUUUAUCUGUGUAUAACCUGCACUUUCCACUUAUUAUCAGCCUCAAAGUCAAGUCUUUUUAAUAGUAAGUUGCUGACCCCUGGUGCAGGUGAAAGUACGGUGGCGUAUCUACAGUUUGUUUGGUUGGUCCGUUCUGGUCUACUGUAGAAAGAUGGCGGACUCUGUAGAAGAGGAUCCGCUCUGUAUACUUCUGCCAGCAGAUCCUCCUGAAUGUGACACACUGGACCUUUAAACACUUUUACUACCUGUGAGUUUUACCAGCUGGUUAUAACACUUGACCCAAGCGACUAGAUCUGUUAACUCGUUAACCUUUGAGGUGUUUUGUAACUUCACAAAGUGACCAGUGCUUCUGAAAUAUAACCGGAGGUUUCACUUGUUGCCUUUUCUUCUUUCUGUUUUAACAGAACAGUUUUAACACAUUUUACUGAGUUCAACUGAUGUUUUGUUCCCAUGUGAGAUUUACUUCGCUUUAAAACAAAGUGACACAAACUAAAAACCUCAACAACCUAUACUGAAGAAGCCAAAAUCCCACAUUUAUUAUUAUUUAACCUGGAGAUGUUCUAUAUAUUUCUUAUUGUCAAAAGAAACUAUAGAAAACACCAAACUGUUUGUUUUUCCUUCAAAACACUACAACCUGCACUGACUUAAAGACUACAGACACACAAUACAAUUUUUUGGACUUGAAUUAGACCCGGACGAGCCCCCAUUUUAAUCACAGGCUGAGAGAGACAGACAAGAUUUAAGACAGUAAUCAGUCUGUCACUGAACCAUCAGUAAAUGUAUCUACUAUAUAUAUACUAUAUAUCUGCUUUCAUCACCAUGAACACACACGCUGUAGUUUAUUUAUACACAAAUACUCACCAGAGAACCAAAUGUGGAUUCAUCCGCUGCUGGAAAUUCACCAUUUCCUCCUUUUUGUUUGAUAUAAACUACAGUAAGUUGCUGUUUUUAAUGGUUUUAAAGAUUUAUGUCCUCAGCAGGAGCCAACUGUGAACCAUCAUAACAUCACCCAUUGGUCUGUGGAGCGUUUGGUGCUUUGGUCGUCAUUGUGUUGUUUUGUUGCAGCCAGCGGAGGUGACGUACUGCGGAGGUACACAAGGUAGCCCCGCCCUAAAGCAUACCCUGCUUUAUGGUCUGUUUUACCCUCAAUGGGACCAUCAGUUACUAAAUGAACAUCAUGCUGUAUGGAAGAAGACUGAAACUAGAGACUGAGACCAGAAACUCAUCUCCAUACUAUCUGAGUGUUGAUGUUCAGAGCACAGACCCACAGACAGGAAGUCAGACAAUGCUGAGAGACGGAUUUAUAAAAUGUUGAUUUUGGUCUUUUCAUGGAGUUUUUUGACAAUAAGAGAAAGUAGAAUUACAGGAGACGGUUUCUUUAAAACCUUCCGAUUAAACACAGAUAAUGUGAUAAAAACCAACAAACCAAAGAGAACUUCUCCAAUGCAGACCUGCCAAAAACCAAAUGGGGAUAAAGAUAAUAAUAAUGAUGAUGAUUGUAAACUGUUAAACUAAAACCCUUUUCCACCUUUUUAUUAUUAUCUGUGGUUGACCUGUAAACUGUCUCUGGUUUGCUGUGUGCCUUUUUACAAAUAAAGAUGAAGUAACAAUA